CGCGUUCCAAGAAUAAAUGAGAUGACUAUUUCGAUCUGAAUGCGGCCAGCCGUGCGACUUGAUUGGCCCGCACCUUCCAGGGUUCGCACGCAAAGGCUGCCCCUUGUUGCGCGCCCCUCUGCAACCUCAACAAACUGCCUAUCACCCACCCCAUCAGCACCUUUUCACGCCAAAACGCACCCACAACCAUCAAAGUCCAUCACAAGCAUCUCGGAACUGGAUGCGUUGGACUUUACGAGUAUUUUGACACCCAUAUCGACAUUAUUGCGACGCGUUUUUGUCGCGAAACAGCGUUGCGCAGGCCGAGAGGCCACCUGGCCGAAAGGGCUGCCCGGCAGAGUCUGCGCCGGUCACGUGCUAAGUUUCGACUGCCAAACGCAGAGCUGAAGCAACAUGACGCAACGCGUUACUGGCCAGCGCUUUCGCCAGCGCAAAUUAUCUACGAAGCAAAAUAUACCUGUAUUGCGCGAGCAUGAGGUCGAAAAGCUCGAUGAUGAUGAAGCGUCGCGGCAUAUCCCGAAGGUCGAAACUGGUGUUGAGAAAGGAGAGGAAAUUGUAAGCCC